GUGCGUGGCUUGGUUCCCCGGAACCUUUGUUGUUGUGCCUUAGUGGCGCAUCGGAACAUAAGCGCCGGCACGCUGGAUAGGCCGAACGCUUUAAAACUGUGCACUGCAAGAAAUGAGAUAAAGUGUCAGAAAAGAUCUGAACAUGGAGAAUGAUGGAAGACACCUUAUCCUAAAUGUGCACCUGGGUCUGCCAUUUCCAGAGCCUGAGAACAACAUUAGCCGCCAUACUGUGGUCCAUGGGGAUUAUCUCUACUACCACUAUGGCUGUGAUGGUGUGGAUGACCGGGGCUGGGGUUGUGGAUACAGGACUCUGCAGACCAUUUCUUCCUGGGUGUGUGCCCAGACCUCAAGUGGACAGUCCCCUCCUGGCCUCCGACAGAUACAAGAGGCUCUGGUGACAAUGUCAGAUAAGGACAGAAGUUUCAUAGGCUCACGAAGCUGGAUUGGAUCAUUUGAAAUUGCUUUGUGUAUAGAUUAUUUUUAUCAGCUGCCCUGCAAAAUCCUUCACUUGAGGAGUGGUGCUGAUUUGAAGGCCAAGUUUGAGGAGCUGUAUGAGCAUUUUGAUCGCCUGGGGUCUUUGGCAAUGAUGGGUGGGGACAGUGAUAGUGCUUCCAAGGGUAUUUUAGGGCUGUGCUCUGGAAAGCAUGGACAUUAUAUGCUGGUACUAGACCCCCAUUUCUAUGGUCCUCCAGGAUCAAUAAGUACAAAUACUGCACAAAAAGAAGGUUGGAUUUCAUGGAGGAAGAUUGAGCUAUUUGAACGAGAGUCCUUCUAUAAUAUAUGUCUACCGCAGCUUGCAGCACAAUGAUUUAUUCCAUUGGCAUGCCCCUGUGUGUGUGUUUUUUUUCCUUUUGGUACAUGUUUAACAAUGUUUGUCUUGCGUUGAGUUUACUACUUGAAUAUGCAGCAAGUUGUACCACUACAGAGUGUUCUGUACCAAAAACACAAAGCAAAAUACUGUAUGUUUUAAGAUAAAGGACUAUGGCCACAGAAAGUGGACACGUGUAUGUAUAACUUUAUAGAAUUAUUUAAAUGCUUAGAAGUAGACGUUACCUUUGGCUUCUCUGCCACUGUGUGAGGUGUUUAGUGGACUAAGAUGGCCUAUUGACUUGGCUUACUAGAAGUAGCUAAAACAGAAAAUGAUCUGUAGGACACAACAAAUGGCAUGUGCUAGUAGCAGCAGUAAGAUCUGUGGUAGCAGUAUACAGACAGGAUAAUUAUGGAGGAAUUGGAUCAGUUCUUUAUGUAGGGGCUAUGGGACGGGGGCUCGUCCAGUUGGAAUCAUUUGACUCCUUUCAUCUUAAAAUGAGUUUGUGUGCUGUUUGUGAUACACAAGAGUGGACACCGUUUGUAACUUCUGUGGUUUGCCCUUUAAGCUUACUAAGUGAAGAUGUUUUUCCCCCAGCCCUUUGCUCGUUGUAUCAAACCUAAGUGACCAAACUGCAAAGUCUGGCAACUAGACCAGCCUGUAUAAGCCAAACUGUUGUUCCAUAACCUGACAACAUAAAGGAACACUCCACCUAAAAAUGAUAUACAUUUUUAUAUGCCACUUACCCCUUGUAGUUUAUAGUGUGGUGUGAGAGAAAUGUUUAAUCUCAUGUUUACAUUCAAAAUAGAUAUAACAACAUUUCUGAUAUAAUAGGGGACAAUGGUGGGUAGCGUUAGACAACAGCAAGUGAUAUCAAAAAGUUUAUGAAAAAAAAUCUCACGUUACCUGUAUAACAUAAUCAACAUGUCAAGUCAUUCAGUCGUGUAAAUCCAGGGUCUUCAACCUCAUGACACCCCAAAGAGAUGUAUUUAAGCACCAUCGCUAACGAAUGUGAGAUGCACUCGGAUGCUCCCGAGCAUUUGAAUUGAAGACCUGCCUCACUCAUUGGGCAGGAGUCCAGCCCAGUACCAGCUAUUAAUUGACUAACAUUUACAUGAUAUCCACAGAAAGUGUGCACUGAGACAUGAGUACAACUAAAGAUUAAAAGUUAAGGUACGUAAAGACAAGAAUAUGUCUCAUCCCUGUGCAUAUCUCAGAUGCUUCAACAAGCAGAAGGUUAAUUAGAUAGCCCGAACACCAUCAGACAGACACCGGCAGUUCUACAAAACACACGUUUAUUAAUAAAGUCUCCGCACAACACACAGUGCCCCUGCACCAAUCACCCUUAUACGGGCCUUUAUACGUCCCUGGGCCGCCUUUCAUCCUCACUGUUGAGCUUCAUCCUCUUCCACCCGACUGUGGCCUCUCCACUGUAGGAAGGCAGCCCCUUUUAUAUUCACCAGGAUGUGCUCCAGGUGCUCCCUGACGUCCUUCCAGUGGCACUUCCUAGUGUGGCGGAAGUGCUGCAUGAGCACCAGGAAGCACUCCUGGCGUCCCUGGAAGUUCGUCCGCCAGCACUCCCAGGUGUGGCGGAAGUGCAGACAUCCCAGACUCUACGAAGUUUGGGAUGCCCCCUGGCGGUGGCCACGGGCCCCAAUGGGGUUGAGCCUCCAUGCACCAUUACCGUGGUCCCCACACUAACCAGGGCGGUUGCCACCUCGUGGCCCAGGGGAUGUAUAAUUCACCUCCUGGUCCUUCCAGUUGUCCCGGCUGGGUCUGACCCCCAGCCGCCUGCCACAGCAAUAUUUUAGUAAAAAUACAUGUGUUUGGGACAUUGCAAGCAUAUAACUGGACAUCCUAAUAUGUGAUAAAUGUGACACGAGUAAUUUGAGUUUUUUUUGUUCAUGGACCUUGAUUUUUUUGCUGUUGUCCACCGCUGGCUUUCAUUGAGCCAUAUUAUAUCUCCAUUCUGGAUGAACAUUUGAGAGCAAAAUUUUUUCUCACCUAUCACUACAAACUACAUGGCAUAAGUAACAGAUAAAGGAAUACUCCACCUAAAAGGAUAGCUCUUUUUAAGUGUUUGGUUUGAGCUCCUAAUUUGAAUUUUUUCGCUAUAGCAGUGCCUGGUUCAUUGGGGACCCGUAUUCAAUUAAAACACAUUUUUCUUUCAUUACAUGCUUUAUGAUAAAAUGGAGAGCAGGUACUGAUGAUGUACUGACUUAAUCAAAGGUUUUUAUUUGGUGGUGCUUGUAUUUUAAGUAAUGUAUUAUUUUCUCACAUUCUGUAUAUUAUUAACUACAGAUGAGCUAUACAUGUUAACAUGGCAUACAUAAAGAAGAUGAAUUCUGAAACCCAGUUAAUCCAAAUUAGUGUCAUGAGGGAACAGAGCCUAUCCCAGGUGACACUUGUUAUAAAGUAGGAACUAACUUUGGACAGGGUGCCAAGUCAUCACAGGGUAGAUUGGGCCAAUUUAGAAUGGCUUACUGUAUCAACUGAAAAUGCAUAUGUGAUGUGGGAGGAAAACCUACACAAAUGCCAAUUGGGUUUGGGGUCCAUAAGGCAUUUACAAUGCCUAGUGUAGACUGAGUGUGAAACAUAUUGUUCAUUUAAAUGCACUUAUGACUGCAGUGUUUAAGCUACAGGUCGGGGUGUUCCGCAUCCAGAGGCAGACUAAACACCUUCAGUGAAAAUGAAGCUAAACGUAGCUCAGUUUCACAGCAUUUCAUGUGAAAGGGUGAUGAAGCUCACUGCAAACUACUGUGCAGAAAUGAUAAAGCAGUACAUCACCUGUGCAUUAUCACAUUAAAAAAAAAUCCAACAUGUUGCUUGUGGUGCUAGAUUGUAGUGGCUACUGUAUCAUUGGCAGUAAGGAGAAACACUCAUGACCAGUAGUCAGAAGAAACCACGCAGAGGAUAAUGAUAAAGCAAGUUAUGAAUAAUGUGGUUAGUCGGAAAGACUGUUGACAGCUUCUCGUGUAUUUUGAGCCAGGGUCCCAUGUUCCAUCUAGAGGCACAGUCAAGCAUUCUACCAAAAAGAUACAACCAUAAGCAGGCAGCCACAGCCAGGAAGCUGGCACUAAUAACCAAGAAUGAUACCACAGUCCUGAGCCACGGCAUAAAAAGACACCUGGCCAAUGAAAUGGUGUGAACUACAAACACACGGUUUUCAUGCCAGAUGUACGACUGCCUCGCUGAGAAGCCAAGUGUUUCUGUGUACCUGGACUUGCAGGCUAAGUGAUUGAGUGCAUGUUCAGGAUAACACACCAGUUAUUGGGCAUGCCAGUUCUCCCACUUCCAUAUGCCAGGUCUUGGCAGCACUAAUACAGUUCCAGUCAGUUAAUGGACUUAGUAUUUAUCUUGAUGGUAGUGAGAGACUAACUAAACAUGCACAGUUUUGCUGCCCUGUUGUAUUUUCUUGCCUUUGGUGUCCAUGACAUGACUUAUGGGUCACGCUGCCUGUCUGUUUUCUGCUGCCCUCACGGAGUGUAAUGAAAGAAUGUGUAGGAAAGGGGUGGGCAACCUAUGGCAUGCGUCAACACUUUCACUGUCGACAGGAAGGUCAAUUGUCACAUCUACAAAAUGAUUUGAUAUUUCUCAUUAAAACUUAAGUGUAGUAAAAUUUGUUAAAUAUUAUGUAUUCUCUGGUGUCAAUGUCCACUAUAGUAAUUAAAAAAAACAAAAAAAAACGGCAGAAUAAAUCAGUAAAUAAAAAAUAAUGCUUAAGCGCAAUACUCCGCAUGCGUGCACCCCUCACUGGGGAGACACACACACAUAUGCUUAGGAGCCACUGCCUAAACCUUCAAAUUUACGUUGCCUUGUUCUAAUGUGAUGCAAAAUGGCAGGCAAGUGUGUUUGUCAGCCCAUGUGGAUGAAGGAGUGCAGUUUUGUUGCAACAGGAUUGAGCCAUACGCUGUAAAAAAUGUGACUUUAAAUUUAAAUUACUGGCUACUAAUUGCGGGUGGCACGGUGGCACAGUGGGUAGCGCUGCUGCCUCGCAGUUGUGAGACCUGGGGACCUGGGUUCGCUUCCCGGGUCCUCUCUGUGUGGAGUUUGCAUGUUCUCCCCAUGUCUGUGUGGGUUCCCUCCGAGCGCUCCGGUUUCCUCCCACAGUCCAAAGACAUGAAGGUUAGGUGGAUUGGCAAUUCUACAUUGGCCCUAGCGUGUGCUUGGUGGGUGGGUGGGUGUGUCCUGCGGUGGGUUGGCACCCUGCCUGGGAUUGGUUCCUGCCUUGUGCCCUGUGUUGGCUGGGAUUGGCUCCAGCAGACCCCCGUGACCCUGUGUUCGGAUUCAGCGGGUUGGGAAAUGGAUGGAUGGAUGGAGUUUGUAAAUAAAAAAAAAACUAGUCUCUGAUGCAACAGUUAAAUGACUAGUAAUUCAGCUAAUGACCAUUUUGCUGUCACAUUUUUAUCCAUUAAUAAUAUUUCUAUGUUUUAACAGUACAAGUUCAUUUUGCCUAGCGGGAAAGGAAAGGUUACUUUUGUGAAGACGGGUGUGCAACAGGCUCACCAGUUACAAAACAAAAUACCAUAAAUCAACUUCUGUAGCCACAUAGAGAAAUAAUUUUGCUAGACAUCUUCAAGUUUUUGUUUCUCACAGUGCAAAUGUUUAGAAACUUUACAGUGCGCUCCUUAUGCAAAUAUACUAACUCUAUGCAGAUUUAGUUGUCGGGCCGUGACACAGCAAUUACUCAUUAAAGUUGUCCUGCACAUUAAAGCAAUGAGUUGAUAUUUCGUCUAUCUGUAUACUUGUAUAUGGUUGAGAUGACAAUAAAGUUCACUUUGACUUUGACAGCUAGAACACUGCUUAAAUGUAAGUGUAUGUGCAUUUAUCUGAUUAAAAUCAUUGCUUUAACCAUUUAUUGUAUUACAGUAUUUUGACGGUGUAAAUAAACAGUUAAUGUAA